AUGAGCGGCCGACCAGUGCCGCAAGCCGUGCAGGCUACGCAGCAGAGGAACAAGAGGAGCCUCUCGCAAGUCCGAAAUGCCCAGAUGAAUGGACCACGAAGCAACGACAAAGUCCUCGCUUCGCUGCGAGCGACGCAGGUCGUUGCCUCCAAGCCAGUGCUGCCAGCAGAGCUGCUGGCUAUGAUACUGGACUACUUACCCGUGCCGGACCUCAUGCAAUGCGCUCGGGUGUCGCGGAGACUGCAGGAAAUGGUCUACGAUGAUACCCGGUGGAUACAAAAGUUGAAGGCGAUUGGGGUGUGGAACGAAGCAGAAGCUAGGCAACGCAUCGAGGACGCCAUGAAGAGGAAGGUGGAGGCGCAGAGAGCAAGAGAGGCAGAUGAGGCGAAGAGGACGGGGGUGAAUCUGCCUGGUAGUGUCAAUGGGAUUGCUGGAGGGGGGAGGCAGCAUGCUGGAAGUGUUACACUCUUCGAUGCGGGUGCUGAGGAGUCCAAGUACAGACGGAGUUUGGAGAAGCCGGCCAUUCAGACGCCCAUACGUCGAGGGACUCUUGCGGACGGUUUCGACGAUUUGACGAUCUCCCCUUCCUCGCCCGGGCAGGCCUCGGUCAAGCCAUGGGACCCAUCAAUAGCUUUACGCGUACUCAGCGAGGCACGCUCGAUACGUGGACGCGCGAGGCAGGAGUUCGGCAAGAUCUAUGGAGCUCUAGGUCCGCUCCACAUGAAUCUUGCCCGAUCGAAAAGCCAUUCAGAUGCUGUUAUCUUUAGGACAUAUCGCGACCCGGAACAACAAGCCCAGAUCUUGUCUUCUCUGAAGCAAUUUGCACAAUGUGAUUCCGCUCUCGGCUGGCAAGAGCGGGAGCAGAAGCUGGAUUCCAUGAUUGGGGUCUUCGAGAAUGCCGUGCUGCGGGAGUUCGAGCAAGGCAUCAGUGCGAACGAUGUCGAUGGCCGCAUGCGUAGGUAUGCCCAUGUUCUGGUUUCGCUGAAUGGCGGUAACGCAGGGGUGGAUGCAUUCAUUACCAAGAAUCCACUCAUGACUCGAGACGGCCGGAUGGGCAACCCGCUGGCUUGUCUCGAGGCCGUAGCACCAGGCCACGUUGACCUGAACCCGUCGAGACAGAUGUUUGAGAGGCUUGCGGUCAUGACAGUGGAACAAGCCGCGGUCAUCGAUCGAGUCUUUCCUUCUUCGGUGGAUGUCCUUACUCCUUUGCUCUCGCGGCUAUGUGAGGUUAUGCUAUCGGAGUACUUGACGACACUGUUCGACGAAGCCCACUCAGUGGGCAUCGAGACCUACGUGAAAGCCGUAUCAGGCACAUUCGAGCAGGCGCUGCGAUUUCUAGCCUCGCUCAAACCAACGAAGGCGUCGCCGGCUGACAUGCCAGACAAAGCAAAAGCAAUGGUCACUCAGUGCUAUGAGAAGCACAUCGACCUGUAUCUGGCAGAAGAGCUCGCGGUAUUCACCACUAAGUCGGGCGCUUCAGUCUCCCACUGGGAGAAGGAGCUGUCUGAGCAGGAAGCAUCUACUGAGUCGUACUUCAUGUCGAACAUCAACCGAUCGGCGGCUAAACGAGACUUUCUGUCCUCCUUUAAGAAGGUCGUGAUGAUGCCGGUCAACGUCUUGCCGGCUUUCAGUGCAGCGAAACCUACGGCGGUGACAAAGUCGAGCGCGAAUCUAAACGGUGCCGAAGCAUCCUACUCUGGCGGCAGACCCAGAUCACCUUCUCUUACCACGGGUUCAAACACGCCGCAGCGCCCGGGCACACCGCAGGCUGAGGCUCCAACGACCGAGCUUGCAGCCAAAGCAGCGAUCAUGAACUCUCGCUUGGAAGGCAUCAAGUCGCUGUUCAGCAUUGAAGUGGCGCUCGACCUGACGCACUUGGCCAAAGCCUGCAUUGAACGUGCCGCGAUUAUGGUCCGUAUGGGUGGCCACUAUGGCGAUGAAGCAAAAGAGCAGUGUGAGGCCAUCUUCGUCACACUGCUGAAGGUACUCGGCGAUAGACACAUCCGGAAUGGCUUCGACAAGGCCAUUGGCCAUCUUGGCACCUACAACCCACGAGAAGUUCGGCAGCUCAAGUCGAAAGGAAGUGCCAAUGGAGGAACCACAGUCAGUAAUGCCACGGGUGUAGAGCCUCUGGUGACCUUCUUGGAGCUCGUCAAUGUCGGCGACCUGAUCCAGCAGAUGGUCGAUGUCUUCUACGCUCAGGAGAUGAUCGCAACGAAGCUCACCGAUCGAGAUGACUUCCUUGACCCAGCUGUGAAGGAGAAGAAGAAAUUCGAACAGAUGCUGGACGAGCGGGUCGCAGCAGGUCUGAACCGUGGUAUCGAUGUGCUGAUGGACGAAGUCGAAUACAUCUGCGCCACCACCCAGCUCCCAACAGACUUUAAUCCUGGCGGCACAACCGGAGCAUCGAACGGCAUGUCCUCCAUGGUCGACAUCGGCGCAAGUGACACUGCCAAACAGAUCGUCAGUAUGAUAAGCGGCCACACCGGCAUGCUCACAGGCACGACCGACAAGAAUAUGCUCGACGUCUUCGUGCAAGAAGUUGGUCUCCGCCUCUUCGCCACACUGUGCAAGCACUUCAAGCGCCAGCGCAUCAGCGUCGAUGGCGCCAUGAAGCUCAUUAGCGAUGUCAAUCUCUACAGCGACUUCGUCUCUUCCCUGCGCCAGAAGCCGCUGCUGCCGUACUUCCAUGCUUUGAGGGAGAUGUCGCAGAUCUAUCUCGUGCAUAUCGAUCCGCCGGCUGCGUACUUCAGCACCAAUCCGAAGGUGAAGCGUGCGAGUUUGCUGUCGACGAAGAGCUCGCCGACGGCUCUGCAGGCUAAGGAGCUGGCGACGAUUAUUGCGGAUACGCAGCGCUAUCAUGGCAUCUUCGGCGCGGAGGAGGUGUAUGAGUUCGCUGAGCGGAGAGCGGAUUGGUAUCUGGUCAAGGGCGACGUUGAGAGAGCGAUGUAUGGGGUCGGGUGCUCGAUCAUGUAA